AUGGCGGGGAUCUGCUUCGCUUGCGACCUGCAGGAGGAAAAGAAAAAAGGUGAAGCCGUUGCCCAAGUAGCAGCGGAAGCACCUGCGGACGACGGCGACCCUGCCACAACCGUGUUUGUCGACAAUGAAGCUUCAGCUCGGAGCAAGAUACGGCAAAAUAUACCCAGUACUGAGGAGGAGUCAUCAAGCGUCGCGUCGACCAUAACUGCUAGCCGCGACAAGCGGCUAGCGAGGAAGGACCACCAAGGAAAAGAAAGGUCACCGAGCAGAGCCGGACGGGACAAGCGUACUGCCAGGAAAGUUCAGAGCUCAAGGAAAGACUCGUCUGGUGGCAACCCAAGAGGAACAAAUCACAUAGCCGAAAAAAUGCACGCGUCAAAGGAAGUGUAUUCGACAAGCACUGGCGAUAAAAGCACAACUAGGUCGUCGAGCAGCGGCACAGGACAGAAGCGCGAGACUCGGACUGCCCACAAAUGGAACAAAGCUAGCGGACAGAGCCGCACUGCUAAGAAUACUCGGCGACCAAGGAGCUCGUCGUCUAGCGGCGGCAGUCGGCUUAAGCGCAGAACGAGAAGCCGAAGCCCUGUAAGUAGCAGGUCAUCGAGCAGCAGCGGCAGCAGUAUUAUGCGUGACGUUAAGAGAGACCGGAGGUCAUGGAGCACGACGUCAAGCGAAAUGAGUGGGUACAAACGUAAAACCAAGAAGGCGCGCAUUUCUAGAGCUACGUCAACGGUGAGCAGUGGCGAGAGCUCAAUUGGAGCCAAACGACAGUGUCGAUCGCGAAGCAUGUCAAGACACAGCGGCCGCAACAAGGACAGGAUUAAAGGACGAUCUGUGUCGGAGAGCAGCACGCUUAACAGCAUGGGGGAUAGUCGCAAGACAAAGAAGAAUCACCGCGAUGGACGCCGCUCUUCGAGCACUCGCAGCAACCACGAGCACCGACGCUCAAAAGACGCCUCGUCAAGUAGCCGUUCGUCAUCCACUGCAUCGACGCGUAGGAGCCCCAAUGCGCAGGCAGUGGCGACUGGAAAGAAUAGUCAGGAUGGUGUUCAAAAAGCCACAAUGACGGCAAAAGCUCCGAGAGCGUCAAAGUGUCAACCAGCACCCGCGGAAAAGAAAUCGAGCGGUCAAGCGGCUUCUACAGUGAAGAGACUGACGCGCAAACUCAAAGCCAAGACGUCGGAAGAUGAGGUGCACAUUCAAGAGACCGCUGCACCGAAUCCGGGAAUGAAUGCUGAGUCAACACCAGGAACAACGCGAAAACGCAAAGCCACUACAUCCCAAGGCGCAGGAGGUGCUCAGAAAACUGAUGCACUGCCAGGAACGGUAGCGACGCAUAAACGCGAGGCCAAAACGUCUGGGCAUACUGCCAGCGCUGAGAAGACUGUGCCGAUGUCUGGACCUGCAACGACGCGUACGAGCAAAGCUAGGACAUCUAAGGAUGCUGGUGGUUUUGAGCAGACUGAACGUACGCGUAAAGAUAAGGCUAAGACGUCCGAGGAUGCUGGCAGCGCGAAGACUCAGCCGAUGCCAAGACCUGCACCUAUGCGUAAACUCAAGGCUAAGACGUCCGGAGAAGCUGGUAGCGCUGAGAAAACUCAGCCGGUGCCAGGACCUGCAACGAAACGUACACGCAAAGCCAAGAUAUCUGAAGAUGUUGGUGGCGUUCAGACGACCGAGAAUGCUGCAGGAACAUCACGAAAGCGCAAAGCAACAACAUCUGAAGAUGCAGGAUCCAAAGGCGAGACUGCGACAGCAGUGAGCGCAAGACUUUGCUGA